GGCGGGUUGGAUCGGGGAGAAGGAAGAAACUCUUCACGCUGGGGGUGGUGGGAUGCUGGAAGAAGUUGCCCAGAGAAGUUGGGGGUCAAGGUCAGGUGGGACGCGGCUUGGAGGAACCUGGUCUAGUGGCAGAUGACCCCGCCCACAGCAAGGGCUUGGAUUGGCUGAUCUUUAAAGGUCCUCUCCAACCCUAGGUGGGGUUUGGGGUGCCAUGGGCCAACCCCAGCGAGCAGCCGAGAGCUGUAGUCCCUGCCCCAUGGCAUGCUGGGAGCUGUAGGCCUUCACCCCAUGGAAGACCCACAUGGUGAUGUCAUGUAGGCCUGGGUCCCUCCAUGAGGCACCCAGGACCCUUCGAUGGCUUUCUCGGAGCCCACUGAGGUGACGACGGCCACGUGGCACCUCGGGCCCACCAGCAACGAUGACCCGGUGGCACCUUGAAGCCCCUCCCCCAACAUGACAAGGACCAUGUUCCCUUUCAGAGCCCCCGGUGACAAUAACCACGUCGAGUCUUGAACAUCCACCAGGGACAAGGACCAUGUUGUAUCUGGAGCCCCACGAUGGCCACGUUGUGUCCCGGAGCCCCAUGAUGGCCACGUCGUGUCCUGGAGCUCCACAAUGGCCACGUCAUGUCCCGGAACCCUCAACUUGCCAAUCAAAAUCUCCCCAAAAUCCCACACAACCAGGAAUUCAGGAGAGCGGCACAACAUGGAGCCGGAGAUGAUUCCUUCCCCUUUGUCUCACCACCGAUGGUCUUCCAGAGCUUCUGAUUUCAACCCGUGACCAUGUUUCACAGAUUUUCUGAAGAAAAAAAAUGCCCCAACAAUCCGAACGAACGCAGAAACCCAGAUUCUCACUAAAAAUGAGUCAUCGCUUUUGUCAAAAACAGGGAAGCCGGUACGAAAUGCGCAAGGGGCUGACUUGAGAAGGGGAAGUUCUGCCUCAGUGAUGAUGUUCCUCCAGAAUCGGGAAGUAAAACCUGCCUUUAUUUCCUCCAGCCCCGUUGAUAAACUCAACCGUCAGCAGAUGCCACCGAGGUGAAGGGUUAUUCCUGGUCCUCGCCAUUACGUCAUGCUGGGUUGUCCUUUCCGUGGUGUCUUUAACAACCGAAGAACCUCCAAAAUGAGAUGGACCCGCCACACCAACCGCGCGGGUGACCAUACAACGGGUCCCCGCUCGCUCAGACGGGGUUGGCUGGAGCCUCUUCUCCGGCAUGGGUUGAUCCGUCGCACCCCAGAUGUUGGUCGUGGUCAUCUGUGCCCAACAAUAAUUGCUAAAAAAAAGGGUUUUAGCCCCGUUUGGAAGCCCUGCCACACCACAAAGACCUGAGCCUGCCUGGUUUUGUCCUUUUUCUCACCCCAAAAAAAAGCUCUUCUGGUGACUCAGAGAAGCUCCAGCUCGUUCAAUCAACCAAAAUCGGGGUUACCCUCUCGAAACCAAGGCCAAAAAUAGGCAGCCAACCAAAAUGGGCGAUCAAAAGGUGUCGUUCCCGGUGUCGUCCUUCAGGUUGGGGACAACCCAACAGCUCUGGUUGAGACUUGGCCAAACUGGGAGCGGCCUUUGCCCCGAUUUUGGGUGCUUUUCCUCCCCAAAAAAACCAUCUCCUACCUCAAAAAAGUAUCUCCCACAGCAAAAAAAAAAAUCUCCCGCCUCAAAAAAAAAUCUCUCGCAUCAAAAAAUCAUCUUUUGCCUCAGAAAAAACAUCUCCCACCUCAAGAAAAAAAUCUCUCGCCUCAAGACAACCAUCUCCCGCAUCACAAAAAAACCAUCUCCUGCCUCAAAAAAGAUCUCCCACAUCAAAAACAACAUCUCCCGCCUCAAAAAAACCCAUCUCUCACAUAAUAAAAACAUCUUUUGCCUCAGAAAAAACAUCUCCCACCUCAAGAAAAAAAUCUCUCGCCUCAAGAAAACCAUCUCCCGCAUCACAAAAAAACCAUCUCCCGCCUCAAAAAAGAUCUCCCACAUCAAAACCAACAUCUCCCACCUCAAAAAAACCCAUCUCUCACAUAAUAAAAACAUCUUUUGCCUCAGAAAAAACAUCUCCCACCUCAAAAAAAAAAAUCUUGCCUCAAAAAAACCAUCUCCUGCAUCACAAAAAAAACCAUCUCCUGCCUAAAAAAACCAUCUCUCGCAUAAAAAAAAUAAUCUUUUGCCUCAGAAAAAAACAUCUCCCGCCUCAAAAAAAAAUCUCCCACAUCAAAAAAACCAUCUUCCCCCUCAAAAAAAAAUCUCCCGCCUCAGAAAACCAUCUCUCACCCCUGGUUUCUAGGCCGAACCCGAAGGGGACAUCGGUGACGCCACGGAGACCACAAACACGGAGAUGUUGCAAUGUUGGGUUUCUUUUCUUUUUUAAUUCUUGAAUUUGUUUUGGUUUUUUGUUGUUGUUGUUGUCGUGUUUGUUUUUUUUUUUCCCCCUUUUUGCUGUCGAUUUCCCCGGUUCUGUAGCAACCGGGGCUCACGUGACGGCCGGGCAGCCGGCCUGGACCGAAGGGGAAGGAGAUGUUCGUGUCAUUGCAGACAGAGAAAGAGGAGGACACUGCCCGCAAUGGGGCCUCUUCGCCUCGUCCCGCUGCUCACCUCUCUCCAGAUGCUCCUCUUGCGGGCGGCGGUGACAGACCUUCCUCCUCCUCCUCCCGCCAUCACCGUGACACCGUGGAAGUCGGAAUAUCUCAUCGGCGACACCGUCUCCAUGCAGUGCGUCGCCCCCGGGUCGAAAGAGAAGCUCCAAGGGUUCCAGUUUGCGGGGACGAGCGGGUGGGCCGUCAACAUCAGGACGCCGAGGAGGGCCUGCGUCUACAGCUUCAACAUCACGGGGCCGAAGGACGGCGGGGCGCACCUGUGCACCUACACCCUGCUGAACAAAGCCCGCCGCCCCGUCCGCUCCCAGGAGAGCGAAGCCGUCGUCAUCAACGUCAGGGACCAUCCACCUCAACCCACGCUGGCCUUGAAGUCCUCAACCGCCGUCACGGUCGAAGGCCAACCCCUCCUCUUCCUCUGCGCCGCCCCGGCGGGGGAUUCGGAGCGGAGGUUUAAUUUCUACAACGGGAAGGCCAAGGUCGCCGACGGCACCGUGGUGGCCUCAGGAGCCGCCGAAGCUCAGCUCCGGGUGCCUGGGAGCCACCGGCACCACACGGGCAACUUCACCUGCGGCUACGAGGAGAAAACCGAAGGCCGAUGGAUCCCCUCGUACCGCAGCCGGGCCGUGGGGGUGCUGGUCAGAGAGGCCGCUCUGGCUCCUCGCUUGGGUGUUGAUCCUCCCACCGGCGUGGUGGGCGAAGAUUAUCCCUUACACCUCACGUGCGAGGCCUCCAGAGACGACUUCACGUUGAGGUUCCGCUUCUACAGGAACGGCUUGGAGAUUUCUCCGGGCCAAGCGGGCUCCAAAUUGAGGAGAAUCGGGAAUUUCUCCGAAUUCUUCUUCCCGCGAAUCCCCAAGAGCUUCGGCGGGAAUUUCAGCUGCGCGGUGGAGGAGGACGUGGGCGGGACGUGGGUGCCGACGCCCCGGAGCGAAGCCGUGGGCGUUACCGUGAAGGCCCCCCCUUCCCAGCCCUCUUUGCUCCUGGACCCCCCGUCCGGCGACGUCAUCGACGGCGACCCCUUGGGCCUCACGUGCGCAGCCGCCGGCCCCGCCGCCCCACGCAAAUUCGCCUUCUACAAAGAUGGCGUCCAGCAAUUCACCGCCAUGGCCGCCGCCGAGCGCUUCCGCUUCACCAUCCCCGCCGCUGAGGCCCGCCGCGCCAGCGGCCGCUUCACCUGCCGCUACGAGGAGAAGGUCAGCGAUUGGUGGAUCCCGUCGCCGCUCAGCGAAGCCAUGACGGUCACCGCGCAAGCCCGGCCUCAGCUCAUCCCAUUGGUCGCCGGCUGCGCCGCCGGCGCCGCCAUGUUGGUCCUCGGCCUCCUAUUGGCCGUUUGCCUUUACCGGAGGCGGAGAGGUGGCGUUCAUUGGAAGUGGCUCCACAACAAGGACGACCCCAGCACCUACCCCAUGGCCAGCUUCGCCGGCGGCAACAUGUGACCUCGGAGACCCGCCUUCCCCCCCAUGGCCCCUCCCCUCCAGGCCGG